GCAAUGAUAAUGGUUCAAAUUUACUUGUGAGAUUUCUCGGCGAACUUGCUAAAAAGCCAGCAUUUUGUCCUAUACCUGUUGAAAGAUGGGAUGAAAUGUCAGAAAAGAAUAGUAAAGCAAUUUGGAACUGCAUCAAGAAACUAAGUGAGCAAAAUAUGAAAAAUCGAAAGAUGCUUAAAGUCUCACAUGCUGGGGGUAGUAUGAGCAACACAAGAAGAGCUCGUCAUAUGGAGCUACAAUUGAAUAGACCUGUAUGUCGUGUUGAGGUUAUAUUGUCAACUUUGCUUAAAAAGAAUGGAAACUAUGUGAAUGAGGAAGGAAAAUCCAUUGCAGAAAAGAUAUCAGAGAACUUGUCUCAAGAUCAAGAACGUGUUGCCACUGAAGGUGUUCCAUCAAAGAUUAAUGCAUAUCCAGAUGAUGUCAUUGGCAAAGU